GGCCAAAGUCGUGUCGCGUCAUAAAUUAUUCACUGUACCGUCGCUGCUGCUGCGCUUUCAGUCCCUCAGGGAACUUUCACCAUUACACUGUUGCUCUGCUUAGUUCACCUCUCCAUCCUCACACUCCUCUUGGAGUCCUCUUCUACGAUGCUGUCACGAUGUGGAUUCUUGACACCAACGCCGAUUUCUUCCAUGGCAGGCGAAUGUGGCUGAGGCCAGGGCACAGGUACUUGUUUGGCAGAGUCAAGAAAGAUGGCGUUAUGAUCGCCAUUGACCACAAAACGGUCUCCAGACAACACUUCAAUAUCACCGUUGACCCCGUCAAAGAUACCGACGUCGGUCAAAUUCACACUCGAACGAAGAUACGCAUUCAAGAUCACUCAAAGACGGGAACGUUUGUGAACGGCGAGUUGAUCAAGAGAGACCCAAACAACGAACAAGAACCGAACCCCUCGCGAGAGCUGAAUGACGCCGAAAAUUCAAUUCGGCCAAAAGGUUGUCCUUAUGAAUUCACCGUCACAUGGCAACCCUGCGUGUUCACCUUCCACCUACUCAAGAAAGAGCUCAAGUCAGGAGUUCUCAAGGCAAAGCAAGCAAGGUUACAAGAUCUGGAUAUCAAAGCGAUCAGCGAAUUUUCUUCUGAGCAUACGACCCAUGUGGUGGCCAACAAGAGAAAUACUGCCAAAGGUCUGUUGGCCCUAGUCAAUGGCAAAUACCUUGUGACGGAGUCAUAUCUCGACGCCCUGGACUACGCUGCCACUCCUAUCACCCUCAGCCAGGAAGUGAAUCUCUCUCCGCUGGAAAAGGACUUCGACAGUGCCUGGCCUGCUCCGAAGGACUAUCUUCCGCCACCGGGAAAGGAACCGACAAUCAGACCUGCGGAAUCAUAUCAACCCGAUCCCGCACGACUCAAUGUAUUUGAACACUAUACGUUCAUCUUCGGCGAGCAGACUCAGUACGACACACUGUUACCGGUCAUAACGAGUGGGCAUGGAAAAGGUAUCCUGUUCAAGGUGGUGAAUUUCGAAACAACAAGUGACGAGCUAAUUCAAUUCUUGCAAAAUGCAGCUGGGAACAAAUCUGGUGGUACUGGGUCGAAAGGUGGAGUCAUUUUGGUUCGAUGGCCUGGAAAGGAGGAUGUUCAAGAGUGGACGAACACACUUAUCAACGAGACGGCUUUGAAGAUGGACCAGCGAGCAGUUGAUCAGUCUGAGUUCUUGGAUGCUAUUUUGGCAAAUGAUGCCGGACUUCUCAAACAACCUAUCCCAUUUGAAAGCACCAAUGAUGGGAGAAUCGCACCUCCCCCAUCUGCAGCAAAUUCCGUCGUCACAGGGCAGGUCGGCGAGUCUCGCCCAAAUGGUGCAUCCACAUUCAAUGGAGCAGAGAACGGAAGCCCUCAAGCAGCUCAUGCGACGGAGGCGACAGACAACACAGAGGCGGCUUCCCAGCCUUCACAAAUGUCAGGUCCGAAUGCUUCACAAGCCAAUGGCGCCGCAGAAGGCGUGGGGAGACUGCUGACCCUCCCUAAAGUAUCGCAAUUGACUAAAUUCAAGAACUUUGACGAUGGAUUCGAUCCCGAUGCCGUCGCCGCUUAUGAGGAGGACGAGGUCAUCGAGGAAGAUGCAUACGCCUCCGGGCCGGAAAUGCGAUCCAAGUCGCCGUUCGUCGUCAAACAAGAACCGCCUUCAACAUUGAAACGACCUCGUUCCCCAGCCGAGGGGCAACCCAAUACAUUUGCAGCGGAAAUGGAUGAUCUCCUCCCAGCGGCUACCGCCUUGAAGAGACGAAAGCUUGCAGAAGCAGCAGCCGAUGGGCGCAUUGAUGGAACAGGGGACAUUCAAACACGUGCAGCACCAGUGAAAAAGAUCAAAAAGGAACGCGAGAUUGACGUCCGCGAAGCCGCCAGAAAGCAACGAGAGGAGAAAGACGAAGCCGCGCGGAGAGAGGAAGAAGAACUUGAAGCUGGCCUGCCCGAUAUUGAAGAUAAAUCACCUGCGAACCUGGUCGAUGUCGUCAGUAUCGAUCUUCCCUUACGUGAUAAAAUGAAGAAGACAAGCAAUAGGGUCAAUGGUGAGCAUGGACCAGACUGGGAUCCCAGGUGGAAUGGUCGCAAGAAUUUCAAGGGUUUCCGUCGCAAGGGUGUUCCAGCCCAGCGAAGAUCUCAUGCUAGCAAGGUCAUCGUGCAGCUAGUCGAAGUCCCGAACAAAACGGGUGGAUUGGGUGAUCAGUAUUGGUCGAAGACUGAAGAGGAGAAGGAACGCGAGAGGGAGAGGAGGCGUAGAGAAGAGGCGAGAAACCAACGGACAGCGCAGAAUCAGACUCAGCCGUCGAACGGGACCGUCCGUGGUCAUGUCGAUGGGAGAUCGAAAACACGAAUUGUCUUGGACGAUGAUGACGAAGAAAUCGAUGACUUGAUCGGUCAGUUAGAGGAAGACGCUGAGAGCGCAUCGAUAGCUAGGUCGACCCCGAGGAUUUCACGUUUGCAGCGCGAAGCAGAGGAUAUCGCGGAUCAUGAGAUCGACCCAGACACGCCUAGGCACACCCGUACUGCGGAUCGCACCCGGCAGGCAAGUGAGAACGCUUCCGAAACAGUGGGAGAAGAUGCGACGCCGAAAGCGACUCGAUCGCAGAAAGGGAAAAGGCCCGCAAACUCCAACGUGGAAACGAGCAAGCCGAAGCGUCAAAAGACUUUACCUGUCACGAGUGUGCGUGAUGAUGACAGCGAGGAUGAUGACAGUGAUGAUAUGAAAUUCCGGUUUGGGGCCAGGGCACGCAGGGGAAGAGGGAGGGAGAGAGGAGGGAGACUCGCAAGUUGAUGGCGAGGCUGAAGCAGGAGGAGCCUAUGUGUCAUAGGAAGAUACCUUAAGGUACAUGUAUCUGUAGCGUUCAAUGCAACUGGUCGAGCGUGGAAAGCACAC